GUUCUGUCUAGCUCUGUCCAGCAAUAUCAACUACCUCUGUCAAGCAAUAUCAACCAGUUCUGUCCAGCAAUAUCAACUAGCUAUGUCCACCAAUAUCAACUAAUUCUGUCAAGCAAUAUCAACAGGUUCUGUCCAGCAAUAUCAACUAGCCCUUUCUGUCCAGCAAUAUCAACUAGUUCUGUCCACCAAUUUCAACUAGCUUUGUCCAGCAAUAUCAACAAGUUCUGUCCAGCAAUAUCAACUAGUUCUUUCUGUCCACCAAUUUCAACUAGCUUUGUCCAGCAAUAUCAACAAGUUCUGUCAAGCAAUAUCAACAAGUUCUGUCCAGCAAUAUCAACUACCUCUGUCAAGCAAUAUCAACUACCUCUGUCAAGCAAUAUCAACAAGUUCUGUCAAGCAAUAUCAAUUAGCUUUGUCCAGCAAUAUUAA